CAAAUAUCUAAAAGUGGGCGCCUGAACAACUUUUGCCACGUGGUCGGUUUAUACGUGGCAUUAAAUUUCUCACUCUUGAUCUGGUCUCCUGACUUGAUAGUAGAAUAUUUCACUCCCUCGACGAAAUCGGCGCAGGACGAGGACCCACACGCAGACUGUAUACUGGCCAACCUCGUCUCCACACCACCUUCAAGCAUCUUUGUGCGACACACAUCAACAAAGGCCAGCUAGAACACAGCAUCGGCAGCCUCGUCGGGAUCAGCGGACCGACAGCACAAGCAAAAACUCGGCACUUCCUCCCCCCUUCUUCCGGCAGCCCCACCCACAUCAAAAUGCUCGUCCUCUCCGAGACCCCCAUCGGCUUCGUCGUCUUCAAGCUCGGCAACGACUACAAGCUCGACAACAAGGACCUGUGGAAGGAGUUUGAGACUCCCGAGAAGGCCAACAAGGCCCUCAAGGUCCAGGCGAUCCAGCGCUUCACCUCGACUGCCACUGCCGUCGAGGACCUCGCUGCCAUUCAGGAUGGCCGCCUGACCGAGUCGCUCGAGAAGUUCAUCGUCGAGGCUACCGGCGGUGCUUCUGAGGGUGACAAGAAGAAGAAGAAGAAGGUCGAGGAGCUCCUUGUUGUUUCCGAGCCCAAGCUUGCUGCCACCAUCAGCAAGUCGCUCAAGAUCCCUGUCCUUUCCGACAGCACCACCCAGGAGCUCUACCGUGGUAUCCGCCAGCAGCUCUCGUCGCUCCUCGGCGGGAUUGACCAGAAGGACCUGAACACCAUGGCCCUUGGUCUCGGUCACUCGCUCUCGCGCUUCAAGCUCAAGUUCUCGACCGACAAGGUCGACACCAUGGUCAUCCAGGCCAUUGCCCUCCUUGACGACCUUGACAAGGAGAUCAACAUUUACUCUAUGCGUGUCAAGGAGUGGUACGGCUGGCACUUCCCCGAGAUGGGCAAGAUCAUUGUCGACAACCUUGCCUACGCCCGCGUUGUCAAGGCCAUGGGCUUCCGUACCAACGCUGCCACCACCUCGUUUGAGCUCAUCCUCCCCGAGGACCUCGAGGCUACCCUCAAGCAGGCUGCCGAGCUCUCUAUGGGUACCGAGAUUGCCGAGACCGACAUGGAGCACAUCCACUCGCUCUGCGACCAGGUCAUCUCGAUCACCGAGUACCGCACUCAGCUCUCCGAGUACCUCCGCAACCGUAUGCAGGCGAUCGCGCCCAACCUUACCGCCCUUGUCGGUGACCUUGUUGGCGCCCGUCUCAUCUCGCACGCCGGCUCGCUCAUGAACCUGGCCAAGUUCCCCGCCUCGACCGUCCAGAUCCUUGGUGCCGAGAAGGCUCUCUUCCGUGCCCUCAAGACCAAGCACGACACGCCCAAGUACGGUCUCAUCUACCACGCCUCCCUCAUUGGCCAGGCUCCUCAGAAGCUCAAGGGCAAGAUGGCCCGCAUGGUCGCUACCAAGGCGUCGCUCUCGAUCCGUGUCGACGCCCUCGCCGACGCCGACACCAAGGCCGACGUUUCCGCCGCCGAGAUUGGCAUCUCGAACCGCGUCAAGCUCGAGUCGCGCCUCCGUGCCCUUGAGCACCGUGCCGGCAUCGUCUCGGUCCGCACUGCCACCUCUGGCCAGACCAGCCGCCAGCAGCCCAAGUUUGAGCUCACUGGCAGCUCGAGCGCCUACAACACCGCCACUGACAACGUCAACGGUGCCGACCGCCUCCCUACGCAGCCUGCUGCCGAGGAGAAGGCCGACAAGAAGAAGAAGAGGAAGUCUGAGGUUGCCGACACCACGAUGGAUGUCGACGCCGACGAGUCGAUGGUUGCUGGCGAGACCAAGGAGGAGCGCCGGGCACGGAAAGAGGCCAAGAAGGCCGCCAAGGCCGCCAAGAAGGAGGGCGAGGACGGCGAGAAGAAGUCGAAGAAGAGGAGGGCGUCCGAGGCCAACGGCGAGGGUGGAGCCGACGACGGCGAGAAGAAGAAGAAGAAGAAGAAGAGGGACUCUGAGGCCGCCUAAACAGGGUGGCACAUUUGUCUCAUAUCUUGCUUGUUCUCCUAUCACGCUUUCGACCUCUUUGCAUUGUCACUCAGAUAUCCAUCCUCCUUUGAGAGCUCGCUGUAUGCACAGAAUACCUUCUGGA